AUGUUCUUGUUUGUAGCCUUUGGCCUGGAUGAAACAAUGAAAAAUGUCAAUCAGUCUUGUCUCACCGAGAUUGUCCUUCUCGGUUUCUCAGAUUUCCAGUCUAUGCGAGAACUUAUCUUCUGCUUGGCACUAAUAUUCUAUGUUAUGGCUUUGGUAGGCAAUGGUCUGAUCUUGUUCCUCAUCUGUCUUAGUCCUACCCUUCACACCCCAAUGUACUUCUUCCUCUGGAACCUGUCCUUUUUGGAAAUUGGCUACACCUCCUCCAUCAGCCCAAAGAUGCUAGUGAACUUAUUAUCAGAGAAACAAACGAUAUCCUUUUGGGGCUGUGGAUGUCAAAUGUGUUUUUUCCUUCUCUUCGGUGUCACUGAGUGUUGUCUUCUUUGUGCCAUGGCAUAUGACCGCUAUGUUGCCAUUUGCAAACCCUUGCAAUACCCAUACAUCAUGAACUUCAGGGAGUGUGCUACGCUUGCUGCUACCUCGUGGACCAUUGGUAUUUCUUUAGGUUUGGGGCAUUCAAUUUCAAUCUUUACCCUUCCCUUCUGUGGAUCAAAUAGAAUCAGUCAUUUCUUCUGUGAUCUUAUGCCUGUUCUGAGACUGGCAUCCACCAAUACUUACAAAAAUGAGGUGGCCAUUGCUGUUUUAACAGUGGUAGUUGACUUGACACCCUUUUUGCUCAUCCUUGUUUCUUACAUCCUCAUUAUCUUCACUAUUCUGAGAAUGCCAGUGGCCAAGAACAGGCGCAAAGCAUUUUCCACUUGUUCCUCACACAUCACUGUUGUCUUCAUUUUCUACGGAACUGUCAUUUUUACUUACAUUCGUCCAAAUUCGGAAUAUUCUGUGGACACCAACAGAUUUCUUGCCCUGCUCUACACAGUAGUGACCCCAAGCUUGAACCCCAUCAUUUACAGCCUGAGGAACAAAGAGAUAAAAGCUGCCUUCAUGAAAUUAGUAAGCAAGAAGCAGUCUUUUUGA